UGGGAGGGGGGGGGAGGUGGUCGUUGCCAUGGUGCCCGCUGCCUGGUAAUGGGAUGCAGGGCAGCAUUGCCAUGAUGAACCGCCCCAUCCAGGUGAAGCCGGCGGACAGUGAGAGCCGAGGAGAGGACCGCAAGCUGUUUGUGGGGAUGCUCAGCAAGCAGCAGGCAGACGAGGAUGUGAGGAAGAUGUUUGAACCCUUUGGGACCAUCGAUGAGUGCACAGUGCUGCGCGGCCCCGACGGCACCAGCAAAGGCUGUGCCUUCGUCAAGUUCCAGAGCCAUGCAGAGGCCCAAGCUGCCAUUGCUGCCCUCCACGGGAGCCGCACUCUGCCGGGCGCCUCAUCCAGCCUGGUGGUGAAGUUUGCGGACACGGAGAAGGAGCGGGGUCUGCGGAGGAUGCAGCAGGUGGCGAGCCAGCUCGGCAUGUUCAGCCCCAUAGCCCUCCAGUUCGGGGCCUACAGCGCCUACACACAGGCGCUGAUGCAGCAGCAGGCGGCCCUGGUGGCCGCCCACUCGGCCUACCUCAGCCCCAUGGCCACCAUGGCCGUCCAGAUGCAGCAUAUGGGCACGGUCAACCCCAACGGGCUCAUCGCCACCCCUCUGCCCCCCUCCUCAGGAACCAGCACGCCGCCGGCCAUGGCUGCCACACCAGUCCCCGCCAUCGCAGCCCCAUUGAGUGUCAACGGGUACAGCCCCGUGCCCGCACAGCCUGCAGGGCCGCCCGCCCCCGAGGCCGUCUACGCCGGAGGGGUCCCCCCGUUCCCAGCCCAGAGCCCCGCUGCCCCUGCGGACCCCCUGCAGCAGGCGUACGCUGGCAUGCAGCACUACACAGCCGCCUACCCUGCCGCCUAUGGGCUGGUGAGCCCAGCCUUCGCCCCCCCAGGGCCACUGCUGGCCCCCCCGCCCCCUCCCCAACAGCAGCAGCGUGAAGGCCCCGAGGGCUGUAACAUCUUCAUCUACCACCUGCCCCAGGAGUUUGCUGACACCGAGAUCCUACAGAUGUUCCUGCCCUUCGGCAACGUCAUCUCAGCCAAAGUGUUCGUCGACCGCGCCACCAACCAGAGCAAGUGCUUCGGCUUUGUCAGCUUUGACAAUCCGGCCAGUGCGCAGGCGGCCAUCCAUGCCAUGAACGGGUUCCAGAUCGGCAUGAAGCGCCUCAAAGUGCAGCUCAAGAGGCCCAAAGACGCCAACCGGCCCUACUGAGCCCGGUAUGGAAGUGCAGCGCAGCACCCAUGGGUGACCCCGACGGUGGAGCAGCCCCCCUGGGGUGGGAGGUCGGUCCUGCCGGAGGGGGCACACAGACCCCCAUAUGCUCAGGAAGGAUGGACCCCCCCCGGCAGGACCAGAUGGAUCCCCCCUCCCAGUCCAUCCCAGUCCAUGGGCUGAGGAGGGGGACCCAGCAACCCCAGCACUCCCCCCAAAACCCACUGCCCUAUUUCGGGUAGAGGCACUCCAUUGCCCCCCAGGUCCCCGCUUGGGGUUUCUUUCUCACCAAACAGGACCAAACCCAGCCCCAAGCCGGGGACGUGGGAGGCACCUCACGUUGGGGGGGGGGACAUGGCCACCUCCCCCUGUCCCCCCAAAAACCACCCCAUGGGUGGCUGCGCCAGGGCAAGCGGGACCCUCUCCACACAUACACUGCCACUCCGCUCUGCCUGGCCCCCACCUGCCUCAGUUUCCCCUUUUCUAUGGGUUCCGGGGGCUGCACCCCCCAGCACGGCCACAGCUGUAUGGACACGGAGUGGCUGCACAUGGGCUGCGCCGGGAUUGGGAUGAACUGGGAUCAGGAUCCUCCAAGAUCGGGAUGCACUGAAUUUGGGAUGCGGUGAAACUGGGAUGCACCGAGAUUGGGAUGCUGCAAAAUGGGGAUGCAACAAAACUGAGAUGCUGCGAGUUUGGGUUGCAAUGAAAUCGGGAUUCCGUGCUAUUGGGAUGCACCAAAAUACAGGAUGCACUGAAUUUGGGAUGCAGUGAGAAUGGGGUGCACUGAAACUGCCGUGUGCUGAAGUUGGGAUGCGGUGGGAUUUGGACGCGUCAAGUUUGGGAUGUGCCAAAUGUUGGAUGCAGCAAAACUGAGAUGGAGAUGCAGCAAGAUUGGGAUGCAUCGCAUCUGGGAUACAGAGAGAUCGGGACGCAGUGAGAUUGGGAUUUACUGAUGUUGGGUUGCAUUGAUAUCGGGGGAUGUGCCAAGAUCAGGAUGUACCAACACUGAGAUCAAAAUGCACCGAGAUUCGGAUGUACCAACAUUGGGAUGUACCGAAUUUGGGAUGCGCUGAGAUGAUUGGGAUGCGCUGAGAUUGGGAUGCGCUGAGAUUGGGAUGCGCUGAGAUUGACACCUACCAAAACUGAGGUGCAGGAAGAUCAGGAUGCUCUACGAUCAGGAUUGCGAUUGAGAUUGGAAUGCACAGAAACUGGGAUGGAUCAACAUUGCGACGCACCGAGAUCGGGAUGCACCAAAACUGGGGACGUACUGAGAUGGGGAUCCACCACCAUUGGGACGCACGGACCUCGGCCCCACAACCUCCCCCCCCUCUCUCCCCCCUCCCCCCGUGCCCCACAAUCCCGGACCCGCAGCCCAACCCGGCCCGAGCGGCACCGCGGGGCCCCCCCUGUAGAUAAUCCCGUUAGCGGCACCGCGGGGCCGCUGCUCCCCCUCCCCUUACCGGGGGUUUGGGACCCGCUGAGUCGUUGUGGGG